AGUGAUUAUUUUAAAAGCGAUUCAUCGCGAAAACAGACACUUAAGAGGAAAAAAUGAGGAAAUAAGGGAAAUUCAGAAAAGAUGUACGUCAACGUAAUCGACACAAGUAUCUCGUGAGGCGCCGCGCCGUGAGGAGCAGCCGCCCGCGCGUCGGCCGUCACGGGACCAUGUUGAUCAACUUUCAUUUUUUUUGUAAAUAAAGCUCACAGAGAUCAAUCAGAAGGUAUCACAGGUCAACCCUGACAAAUUUAUCGCAAAUUAGAUAAGGUAGCAUUUCAAGCUCUUUUUUUCAUAACAAUUCAGUGUAUUUUUCAUUUCUCACCAGACGCUCACGUAAUAUCAUUAGAAAGAGCUAACGGCCGUGUCUCACCCGCGUUUGUAUCGUUCCAGUUUUUUAUUUUUUUUACCAUCAGAUAAGUAAAAUGUAAUUUUUACAGUAGGACUUCUACUUUUAUACUUUCGUGCAAUCCAGUUUUCUAAUUAUAACUUUGGCAUAAUGCACAGUGCAUACCCUCUCCUGGAAAUUUAAGUACCAGAGUAUCUGAUCGUGCAUCCCGAUUUCAACUGAUCGGGGUUUAUAAAGAAUCAAAAUGGGGAAGGUAGAGAUGCAUUCCUCAGAAAAAGUAUACAGGCCAUGUGAAAUGACUACAUCGAACGUCAAUAAUGUCAAAUCAACCGUCGCACAGUUUUACGCGACAUUUGUGGAAUGUUGUUUUUUGAUCCUGGUCGGAAUGAUAUACAUGAUGCCAACCAUAGUUGUUGGAGCCCUGCAUAAGACAGAAUCGAGCAAUAGCACUCUAACUUCUCCCGAGGAUGAGGCCAUGCGCAUGGAUGAUCACACCGCCUCUUGGAUUGGCAGCAUCGUGUUGAUGAGCCAUCCGGUAGGGGCGCUGACGUCGGGGUUCGUGUCGGAGCGGUUCGGGCGGAGAGGCGCGAUGAUGCUAGGCAACGUGCCCUUCCUGGGCUGCUGGGUGCUCUACUAUCUUGCCACCUCGGUGAAGGGGCUCUUCAUCGCCUCCAUGCUCAUGGGCUUCACGAUCGGCUUGUGCGAGGCCCCCAUGGGCGCCUAUCUCAGCGAGUCCUGCGAACCCCGCUUCCGCGGCAUCUCCAACAGCAUGGUCGUCGCCUUCUGCACCAUGGGCAACUCACUCGAACUGUUCCUGGGUUCGGCUUUCCAUUGGCGCACCUCCGCCCUUGUAGGCGUGUCCGUCCCAGUCAUCUGCUUCUUGGGCUUCCUUACGGUUCCCGAGUCUCCGGUGUGGCUGAUCACGAAGGGGCGACUGGAAGAAGCUCAUAAGGCUUUGGCUUGGUUCAGGGGUUUUGCCGAACCACAGCAUGUGCGGGAGGAAUUCGAUGAUAUGGUUCGCUACUCAAUGGCAAGCUCCCGGCUGUCACGACACGAUCUAAGUGCGAUUUCCGAGGAAAAAGCACCCUUAGAUGGCAAGCAUAAUAUCCAAGAUCCUGAAAAAAGUCAAUCAAUAAAAAGAGGGAACUGGCUGGUGGAGCGAUGGAGGGAAUUGUCAAAUCCGAGGUUAUAUCUACCUUUAAGAAUGGUUUUGAUUACUUUCUUUUUCACUCAGUCUGCAGGCCUUGUCCCUUUCAAAGCCUUUAUUAUCGAGAUUCUCAACGAAUUUUGGUUUCCUUUUGAUAACAAAUGGGCUGUGGUAGCGACUGGUGUGGCGUCUUUUCUGGGCUCUGUGGGGGCAACGAUUUUGGUGAAAUUGGCGGGCAAACGAUUGAUGUGCAUCAUUUGUAUGAUCAUUUCCACGAUCUCAAUCUUUGUUCUGGGCUUCUCCGCCAGUUUCUUCAGGCACCAAGAAGACCUGCUUCUCAGCUGGCUCAUCCUAUCCGUUUUCGCUGUUGUUCACUUUGUUGGCAACGUUGGUGUCAUCAAUAUACCCUGGAUGCUCUCCUAUGAGGUCUAUCCAGUCAGGGCCAGGGGUAUGGCGAAUGGUAUUUCGGCUGCAUCAGGCUGCUUCAUGGCUUUUCUCCAGACAAAAACGUAUCUAGAUACGGAGAGAGCUAUCGGCCUAGACGGAGUGUUCUACGCGUACGGAGUCGUCGCUCUAGCGGGCUGCAUAUACGUCAUCCUGUACAUUCCUGAAACUGAAGGGAAGUCCAUGGAGCAAAUAGAGACCUACUUCACUCCCCAUCACGACCGCAAGGAAAAGUACAGGAUGCCAUCCAAGAAGAAUCGCUCGAAAGCCUAACUCUAAUUUUGAGGGCGUUCAGGGUAAGAGUUUCCCCGUCGUCGAGCGGGGGCGAGGCGUGAAUGAUCGAUUAUCGAUAUUUUCCCAUUUGAGGCUGUGGUAAAGAAUCGAUUAUUAAGGUGUUCGUCGUGAACACUCUGUUUAUCGAUCUUUUUCCAUAGGUUUAAAUGGCAGACCAAUCGAUACAUCGCAAAGCACGCCACACCACUGUCGUCAAGGCUAUGAGGGCGCCCUCACGACUGGCAAGUCUGAAUUGAAUCUACGGCGGAACAAAACCCUCACUUGGAAUCAGAAUUUAUCCAUAAAAUGUAUGGGUUUUUGGUAAACUCGCUACUUCGGUGAAUGUUUACUCUUUUAAAAAUGACAAAACAUCGAAAGUCGACACACUACAUGGCUCACGUCUUGUCUUAUCUUGCCAAAGUAGCAAAAAAAUUUAAACAUCGUCACAUUCGUCUACCAAACAAGCUGUUGUUUAGAAACUAGUUGAAGACAACGCAUUGCUAAACUUUCAUCGGGUCAAUUCAACGAAUUAGAGAAACCUAGGAGGAGAAAAAUCCCGAGUUUAAGAGGAAUUACGUGUUACCAUUGCGUCCAUCACUGGAAAAUAGAACGCAGUCCGUUCAAGACUUCCGCGCCUUCCCUAACAAAAACGCAUUUUCUCAGCAAUAACCCAGUGCCUAUCAUAUCGCUUUCUUUUUCGUCCGUAUGCAACGGGAACAUCCAAUGAACACGAAUAACUCAGAGGUUUUUCAUAAACUCUAAGUUACGUCUUUUGUUGGCUAAAAUGAGUUUUUAAAGAAAUACAAGCGUACAAUUUGUAAAGAAGAUAAUUUCUGGUUGCCCGUUGUAUUAAUGUUUGAACAUGUUUACUCAGCGAUGGUUUUGUAGCUUUUCUUUUUAUUUAAAAAAAAAAAAUGUAAAUAUUUGUGUGUAUCGUUGUAAAUAAACGUUUCGCUUUUGAGUAGUUUU